AUGAUUGUAGAGAAUAAGAAAUUAUUAAUAAUAGCCGCUAUUGGUGGUGCGCUGAUAGGAUCAUUCAUUUUUGCUUUAAAGCAAAUAAAUAACAAUAAGCAUAGUGAAAAUAUUAAUACAACUCAAACAGUAAGUAAUAACUCUUUUACUGAAAACCCACAUGACUCAACCAUAGCUCUACCAGAACAGAGCAUUCCUUCUACUAAACCAUCAGAGUAUUUCAAUCUUGUAACUAUUAUUAAAAGACUCUUGUUUUAUCCAGAUGAAAGCAAUGAUAUGCUCGCAAUCCAAGCGUUUUACUGGAGUAUACAGAACCGCGUUAUUGAAAUAUACGAAAAUACAAUAACCCAUAUUAGAAUACAUAUAGACAUUCUUAAUAAAAAAAAUAAAAAUCUUUCAAUAGAAGGAAAUAUAGAACAUGCUGCAAUCUUAGAAAACAGCCAGGAAAAAAACGAGUGUAAAGAAGAAAAUCGAAUAAAACCACAGAAUCAGACAACUAUAACAGAAAUUAUGAAUGGCAUAGAAGAAUGUUUAGAUGAUAACAAAAUAGAGACUCCAAAAACUGAAGAACAAACCAAUUUAUAUAAUAUCAAAAUAGAGACUCCAAAAACUGAAGAAAAGUCAAAAGACUCCAGAGAUUAAAAAAACCAAUUUAGAAAAUAUGCGAUUUUUAUUAACAAGUAGUAGUGUAUAAUCUCAGAUAAAGAGGGUAUUGUUAAUAACUUUACUAUUUUAGAAGGCACAGAAACAAAAAGUAGCGAUAAUUAAAGAAAUAUAAGAAUUCUGGACAAAAAUACUAUUCUAUAUAGAGAAUAUCUAAUAGCAUACGAC